AAGUGUGGGAUUCGAUCGAGCGAGGCACGGCGAGAGUCACUGAUAAGAUAUGAGUUCGCGGGGUUUGCUGGUGAUGCUGAGUGUCCUCCUGGGGUGGCAAGAGUGCAUUGGGAGUCAUCUGAACCACCCCAAGUUGGGCCAUGGGGCGCCCGAAUCCCGCGAAGAGGUCAAGAACCCGGGCAAAUUCGACCUGCGGCAGGACAUCGAUGACUUCCUGGAUCUGAUUCCGAAGGAGGAGGUGAAGAAUCUCACCAGGCGCUACUAUUUCGGCGACCAGGAGGUGCGCUUCGCCUAUGAAUACUGCCAAAGUGAGGAGUUCCUGGCGCUCAGAGAGAAGAUUCUCAACUUGCCGGAAGUGACGGACUUCCUCAAGUACCUCAAUGAGUCGGAGUUGAAUCUUGUGGAGUUGGUGAACAAAUUGGCGAGAAUCGUCGGACCGCCGCAGGACGCUUUGGACACCGAAGAAGUCUCCCUCGAAGACAGAAGCCUGGAAAGUGCAACGCAUUUGGGCGGUGUGAGUGGCUUCGUGGACGCAAUUGUGGCGCUCUUGCCUCAGGAUCAAAUUCUCUCGCUGUUCUUCCUCAAGUUGGAGACGAGUUCGGCAUUUUCCAACCUCAUCGAGCGCAUCGGCAGCAGUGAAUUCGAGAGGGUGCUGGAUUUCGUUGAGAAUUCCAGAGAACUCAAAAGCCUCCUGGCCACACUUCAUCAGCAUGGCAUCGACGUGAGCAAAAUCGUGCAGUCCGUUCAGGCAUUCUUCGGCUGGGGCUCCUACUUUUUUUCUCCCUCAAUUGAGACCAAAGACAGCCAAGCCCAGAUUCACGAGCUUGUGCACAUCGAGUCCGUGCUUGCGGAACCGCUUGAAGAGCUUCUGGGCGACUGGAGACAUUUCCAGAUUCUUCAGAACCUUCCGGAAUUCCGGCGUGGAGUAAUUGGCGACGAAAUCGGCAAAGUCCUGACCCAGAGCCACCUUCUUGUCGAAGCAAGCCUUCAGCUCAUCCUUGGGGAACAGCUCGACGACAUCAUUCAGCAGAGCAUUGAAUCCCCACGUGUAUUCCAUCCUGUCCAUGGUUUCUACAAGAAAAUAUCCUUCAAACUCCCACUUUUCCACCCACGCUUGGCAAUUAAACUCACCUGGCUCCUCGAAAUCCUCGCCAACAGGCGACAACUCGAAGUACUCAGCAAAUUCAUCCAAAACUCCGUAAACAUUGAGACCAGUUUCAUUGACGAACUCCAAGAACUUGUUCACUUCCUUGAGUCCGAACAAAUUGUCCCAAUGCUUGGCGAAUUUCUUCGUUCUCAGAUAGUUCAGCGUCUUAUUGAGUCCGCUGUUGUUUUCGUAGUGAAAUUCAGCCACUUCCAGGACCUCAUCGACCGGCAGGAGUUCCACAAAAUCGGCAAAGUCGCUGUUAAGUUCAGGCGUGAGGAACAACUCCAAGUCAAAGUCCUUGGACUCCUCGACGUCGCUGGCCAAAGCCACACAAACCAGGCAGAAAAUAGCAAUGAAACUCUUCAUUUUGCAAUGGAACGCCUUGAAGUCCUCGCUGUUGGCGAGUUUGUCCUCAAGCAGAGCCUGCAACUUGUCCAAGGGCAGCAGGGCGAGAACCUCGUCGAAGAGUCCCUUUACACCGCCCAGCCUCACGCCAUGUCCAAGGAUAACGUCGGGAGUGACGUGAGGAAGUCCCAGGAGAUCAGCGAGCUGAUUGAGCAGAGCAGUUGGGUCGACAUUCUUGCUUUGCAGGUACUGCAGAAGGUCCUUGACGUCGGGAUAGGCGAAGGUCUGGUCCCAAACCUUGCGGAAACUCUCUCCUUUGAGGUACUUGACGAAUUUCCUGGUCUCACCGUCGAGAAUGAAGUAUUUCGUCACCACAUCCUGAAUCUGGUUGGUGGGAAUGAGCGCGGCCAACUCGUUGAAGUCCGACUCCAGAUCCCGAGGCGUGGCGGCCAAGGAGCAGGCGCAGAAGGAGAGCAAAAUGCAAGCGACAGCGAUCUUCAUGAUUGCAGAACUGAUGCAUUUGCAGUUCCAUCCAAAGAAUUCCUCCACGUCGUGCAAGAACGCGUCGACAUCGAGAUCGUAGGACUUGAGGGUCUCGAAGAGGUCCAGGAACUGCUCAGAGUUGUUGACAAAGUCCUUCAUGGCGUCGUAGUCGAAGGCGGCGACGGUGUCGAAGAGCUGCUUGAAUUCCUCGCUGGUCUGGAGUUUCUCAUCGAAGAGAGCCUUCAGAUCGGCCAAAGGCAGCACGUUCACGAGCUCAGUCACGAGCUCCUUCAGACCUUUGCCGGGCUUGCGCACGAGGAAGCCGAGAUCGACUUGUGGGUGCUUCAGGAACUUGGCGACCUGAUUCACGACGGACUGCACAUCGACUCCCUGGCUCUGGAGGUUCUUCAGGAACUGGAGAACGUGCUCGUUGGUGAAGACUUGGUCCCAAACAGCGGCGAAGGUCUCGCCCUUCAGGUACUUGACGAACUGCUUGGUCUCCUUGUCGCUGGCGUAGUACUUCAGGGCCACGCGCUUGAGCUGGGGCAGAUCCACCAGCUUCACGAAGUCGUCGAAGUCCUCCUUCAGGCCACGAGUGGCGGGAACGGCGGAAGCCGAGGCCAGGACAGCGGCCAGAGCGACGAGAGCAAUCAGAGCGAUCUUCAUGUUUGCUUGAGAGAAUCACGUAGGAAAAUGACUUGUUCCCUACCGGAUCUCCGGAUCUUUAUAUACCCGGACAGUGAGAGACUCUCCGAGAAAUUGUUUAUUUGCAUUAGAAUUAGUGGAGCGUGCUUGAGAAGUCUCAAUGAUUCAAACCUUCACUUCGGGAUCAACAGAAAGUCUGAGGAAAGCAAAGGAAUAAAGAUGAAGUUCAUCGCUGUUUUCGCCAUCAUCGCCGCUGUGGCUUCCAGCCAAGCCUUCUCCACUGUGAAUCUGUCCCAGACUCGUGGUCUUGAUGAGGAUCUGCAGGAGUUCCUGGACCUCCUGCCAGUUGACGCCUUCCUCAAGCUGGCCGUUGAGUACCUCGGCACCGACAAGGAGUUCCAGGAGGUCGUGAAGUACUUCCAGAGCCCCGAAUUCGCCAAGAUGUGGGAUGGUCUCUUCAAGAACAAGGACGUCAUGGCCGUGCUGAACUUCGUCCAAGCUGCUGGACUCGAUGUCGUGAGUCUGCUGAAUGAGGUCGCCAAUCUCCUGAACUUGCCCCCAGUCAAGCCCGCUCGCCGUGGAACCGGAGUCGAUGGUUUCCUCAACGAUCUCCUGGCUCUCCUGCCCAAGGACAAGCUCGUCGCCCUGUUCAAGGAGAAGCUCGCCACCAGCCCCGAAUUCAAGGCCAUGUACGAGAAGAUGACUGGCGCUGAGUUCAAGAAACUCACCGACAACCUGCUGAACAACGCCGAGGUCCAGGGAUACUUGAAGGAGCUCAAGAGCAAGGGUCUCGAUGCGCUCAAGUUCGUGCAGGUCUUCAAGGAGUUCUUCGUGUCGCUGAGACUUUACCCUGGGCGUCAUUCCUUCAUGACACACUCCAUGAACUAUAAAAAGCUCUCGCCGGGGAAAUGGAGCUUUCAGUGUUCAAUUUUAAUCAACUCAACGUUGUUAGUCGAGUGUGAAAAAGGCGCGAAAAUGAAGUUGCACGCAAUUGUGUUCGCCGUUCUCGCUGGAGUGGCUUUUGGCACGCCUGUGGGGAGCUUCAAGAAGGAUCUGGAUGAGAUUAUUGGUCUCCUGCCGGUUGAGAAGAUCAAGCAGAUCGCUGAGGAUUACUAUCACACGGAUCCUGAGAUCCAGGAGAUUGUGGGUUAUCUCAAGAGCGACGCCGCCAAGAAGAUCUUCGCCGAGAUCACAGCCAUGAAGGAUGUGAAGGAGUUUGUGGAGUUUCUGGGCAGUCAAGGACUCAAUACGGAGAAAUUCUCAAGCCUGGAAGCGCUUCUGCGUCUGCCCAAUUAUCCUCCCAACCCCGCCAAGGCUUCUGUGGCCAGAACAGGUGGUCUUCGAGGACUCAUUGCCGAUGUCAAGGCUUGUCUGCCGCAGAAGGAGCUCCGCAGCGCUCUUGUCCGCAAAUUGACCAACAGCCCAGGAUUUUCUGUGGUGUACAAGAAAAUCCAGGAGUUUGACUUCAUCCACCUCGAAGAAUACGCCAAGGAGUCGGAGGAAAUCGCUGCUCUUGUGAAGAAAAUCGAAAGCUACGGAAUCGAUGUUGAGCGAAUUGUCAGGCAAUUGAGUGCAAUUUUCGGCUGGCAGAAAACCUCAGAUGAUGAUUUUGAUAUCGAUGAAUAGUUUUUGAAUACUUUGAAUUGAAAUAAAGACAUGAUUUUCCCUCCC